GGUACUGCCUUACCUGCACAUCGAUUAGAUACCAAGAAUUGAAGCACAAACGGUAGGGGCCUUCGGUGUAACCUGUCAACGCCAACAUGGAGUUGACCAUUUAUUGCUAGCGGUGGUUGCCUGGCCUGUUAUGUACCAUAGCAUCAUGUAUACGGCGGCGACUUGUAUGCGAUCGUCAUAGCCACGUUUGGAAGCCCUGGGAAGCGGGCCCAUGUGCAACUGAGGAGAAGCACUGCUGGAGGCCUCACUGCGGCGUUUGCGCGACAACGGCAUCGCUUGAAUUAUUUGUGGCCUCUAAUUAUGCGGCACCGCGUGCUGGCCAAACUGCUGGCCUCGGGACGAGGCCAUACACGCGCCGCUCCCAACCCGGACGAAGCGGCCACGAUCCAGAGAUGGGACCACCUUCAACCAUCACAGCAUGCAGCUGCGGAAGCAGCGCCAGUGGCAGCACCUGUCGCCACCUCUGCUGCCGGCGCUCGCAGCGCUGCGCUGGGCGCGCGCCUGCCACCUCCCCUCGUGCCUCCCCUGCUGCCUGCCGCCCGCAUACAUCGCCAGCAGCGUCACCGCCACCGCUCUGUCGUGCACCUCCUCCUCAUCCACCGCCAGGGUUGGAGCGUGCGAUGAGCGCCGCCGGCCGUGCCAGUCCCACCAUCUGGCAGGCGGUGGUGAGGCGGAUGUUGGCCACCGCAUUGGUGUCGCGCGCGAAUAACAUGGGCAUGAAUGCGGCGAUGAGCAUGUGCGGGC